AUGAAGAGCCAUCUGGUUUUGGACUGGAAGUGUAUAAAAGCUGUUCUGUGUCGAGACAAGACCACCACUCUCACUAUGAAGACUUUGUUGGUACUACUUGCGCUCUCCUUUGUUGCCACAUGUUGGUCGCGACCCCCUCAGGGGGAAGGCGAGGGCCCACCUCCACCAACUGGCUGUCCUCCCCCUCCUGAGGGUAUGGGAGAAUCCCGACCACGCAGGCAAGCACAACAACAAGGCCCCGAAGGUCAGAAAGGCGAAGGCUCCGAAGGCCCCGAAGGUCAGGGAGGUGAAGGCUCCGAAGGUCCCGAAGGUCAGAGAGGCGAAGGCUCCGAAGGCCCCGAAGGUCAGAGAGGCGAAGGCCCCGAAGGUCAGAGAGGCGAAGGCUCCGAAGGUCAGAGGAGUGAAGGCUCCGAAGGUCAGAAAGGCGAAGGUUCCGAAGGUCAGAAAGGUGAAAGAUCCGAAGGUCAGAGAGGCGAAGGCGGCAAAGGCCCCGAAGGGCAAAAGGAACAAGGAUCUGAUGGUUCCGAAGAAAGGCCGGGAAGACCACCUCAACGAAGACGAUGAUUCCUGUGAAAGAAAUAAAACAUAUAUAUACUGAA